AUGAGAGUAGCAUCUAGUACUUCAGUAGCUUCGCAUCCUACAGCAUCUUCUGUAUCAAUAAUCCCUACUGCAACUCAACAUCUUCCUUCUCCUCUUCCUUCUCACUCUAUAAAUUCUAGUCCUACACAGUCUAUAUCUACAGCAAUGUCUUCAAACCCAACAUCAACAGCAAACAAUUUAUCAAAUCUACCUACUUCUGCAAGUUAUGGUAACUCUGUUUACCCAGCCUUUGCAACCUUUGUCACUCCUACAAAGCAUAGUGGUGUCAAUCCAGUCUACUCAAUCACAGCUAAUUCAAACGUCACUUUCAAAUGGACAUAUUCUUAUUUACUUGUUCAACCUGUCAGCUUGACAUUAAAUGCAGUAGGACCCAACUCAGUCACCUAUCCUAUCACUGUUAUGGAAGGUGCGGCAACUUCUGCUGUAUGGAACUUAGGAAAUGCUUCUACACCAUCAGCACCCUUAAUGAAUGGGUUUUAUAAAAUUCAACUUUAUGAUCAACGAGGUGUAAGUGCUGGCUAUGUACCUGGAUGGUUAUCACCUUGUACAACUUUGUCAGUUGGACUUUAUACACCUGAUUUCUAUGAUCCUUAUACAACAAUCUCGAGCUUUUGUCCUCUUUGCUUUUAUAAUGCAGCUAGUUCUUUCCGUGAAUCAUUUGGACCUAUUAUGAUUACUUUUAGUAUUUCUCUGCUUUCGUCUGUCCUAUUUUUGAUCAAUGUCUUGCGUUAA